CGUAACUCGCCCCGCCACGAAUGAUUGUUGAUUAUUGAUGAUUGCUACGGACUACUCCUUGCAUUAUUAUUAGAGUUUAUAUUGUGCACCGUCUAGUCUACACAGUAUCCGGUAUACAGAGUGGCCACUGGUGUGUCUAUUUCCAGAUCCAUAGAUCCAUAGAUCCAUAAGAUCCCUCCCCCGCGACCUUCGCCACGCAACAUGAGCGAGGACCGACAGGUCGACAUGAAGAUCGAUCCCGCCCGAGCCAAGUCCCUGAUCGCCGCCCUCCAAGGCGUGUCGGAGCGCAUCACCCACGCCGCCCAGGGCCGCACGGUGCGUCUCGUCGCCGUGUCAAAGCUGAAGCCGGCGUCUGAUAUCUUGGCCUUGUAUGAGGGCGCCACCAAGCAGGAGCAUUUCGGCGAGAACUAUGCCCAGGAGUUGCUGGAGAAGGCAGAGCUGCUGCCGCGGGAGAUCAAAUGGCAUUUCAUUGGUGGCUUGCAGAGCAACAAAUGCAAAGCCCUAACCUCCCAAAUCCCCAACCUCUUCUGCGUCUCCUCAGUCGACAGCGCCAAGAAAGCCACGCAGCUCGACAAAGGCCGCGCCGAGCUGCUCCUCACCCACCCGGAAAUAACCUCUCCUCUACACAUCCACAUCCAAAUCAACACAUCGGGGGAAGCCUCGAAAUCUGGCAUCGCGCCGGGGCCCGACGCGCUCAGCCUCGCUCAGCACAUCAUUAAUUCCUGUCCGCACCUCAAGCUCGUCGGCCUGAUGACGAUCGGGGAUAUCGGCCGGAGCCACGCGGUGGGGAAAGGGGAAGAGAAUGAGGAUUUCAGAAGACUGGUAGAGGAGCGGGAAAGGUUGGAGAAGGAACUCGGCAUGGACUUGGAGUUGAGUAUGGGUAUGAGUGAGGAUUUCGAGGCUGCCGUGAGGAUGGGAAGUGGGGAAGUGCGUGUCGGCUCGACUAUCUUUGGUGCUCGACCGCCGAAGAACGAAGCUAGGGUUUAG